CUGGCUUUAGGAAGAGGUUAUGGCCUCUGUGUGCGGUUCACACUGACGCGAUUAUAACAACUUUAUGCAGAUGCCAGCGAAGUUUGAUAUUCUAAGAAUCUCGGGUAAUGAGGAAAAGAAAAUGGCGGCGGAAAAGGCUAGAGGCGAGGGCGAAGAGGGGUCCUUCAGUCUCACAGUCGAAGAGAAGAAGGCGCUUUGUGGAUUAGACAGCAGCUUCUUCGGGUUCUUGAGCCUAUGCAAAGAUGGCGCCAAGAUGAAGACGCUGUUGAACAAGGCAAUUCAUUGCUAUGAAUCUUUAAUAGUAAAAGCUGAAGGAAAAGUGGAAUCAGAUUUCUUUUGUCAGUUAGGUCACUUCAAUCUCUUACUGGAAGAUUAUUCAAAAGCAUUGUCAUCUUACCAGAGAUACUACAGUUUACAGACUGACUACUGGAAGGUCAGUGCACAUUUCAGUGCUAAUUUUGAUUUGUGUGUUGAGUAUACAUUAUACUUAAAGUGUAUGUUUUAAUGACUAAGAAGAUGUGGAAAUGAGAAAAGGGAAGUGCUUAUUUUUAGUUAGAUAUUAUCACCAGACUAAUGUACAAAAACCUAUGUUGGAGGAUGAAAAGUAUCUUAAGUUUCUUGUCUGCUUUUUUCUUCUUUUACAGUUAUCUUAUUUUUAAUUAUGUGUAUGUUUUGUACAUGUGAAUGCAGGUGCUCAGGGCAUCAGACUUCAGUGCUAGGAAUAUAGUUCAGAUAUGACUAGAGUCCUGCUAGUGCAGUAUAUUCUAAUUACUUUCUUGCUUUUCAGUUAUUUAACUUUCAUUGUUAUGAUAAAAAUACUUGACAAAAACAGUUUAAUAGGGAUUUUGACUAUAAGG